AUGAAAGAUACUAUUAAGACCAAGCAUGAACAAAAACUUAAUUCAUUAGGUGUAAUCAAAAAUACCGAAGCAUAUGUUGAUAAAUCGAGAUGGGUAAUUAACUUAUCUGUAUAUACAAGACAACUGAACACACAGGAAACGCAGAUACUUGAAAACGGUUUGAAUUAUGCCAUUACACCUAAACGUAUUCCCGUUCCGAAGAUUAUUGCCAGCAUUGAAUCAUGCAUUUACCACUUAAGUGAAGAAAGCAAAGCCACUAUACGAGCAUCUGUCGUUAAUACCUUAAAAAAUACUAAGGCGUUAAGCACAACUAACAUGUCUAAACAACAAAGUCAUGCUUUAAGAAAUUUGAAGAAAGACAAAGAUAUUACUAUAUUGUUCCAGCUGACAAAAGGAGAGCGAUUGUUGACUUGUAAUGAAUACUGA